CAAAAUAAUUCUUCUAACAUGCAACUCAACAAAAAAUUUUCUUUGUAUUUCCAUAUUGUUGUUGCCGAAUUGCCAAUUGUUGGCAACUCAAGCUCAAAGAAAAUCACCAGAAUUUCUACAGUCUCCGGCGAAUGAGAGAUGGGCGACGAAGACGACGAUGCUGCGUGGUUCUCAUCAUCCAAUUCAACCCCAUCAUAUCGAUUCAGGUGGGACGUAUUCCUGAGCUUCCGAGGCGAAGACACGCGCCACAACUUUACAGAACGACUCUACAAUGAACUAGUACUCCGGGGUGUCAGAACUUUCCGGGAUGAUGAGGGACUAGAGAGAGGGGAAGAAAUAGCGCCUAGUCUCGUGGACGCGAUCAAAGACUCGGCGGCUUCUAUAGCGGUGAUAUCCGAGAAUUACGCUAAUUCAAAGUGGUGCCUGGAGGAGCUUGCUGUUAUUUUGGAGUGUAAGAGGCUGAUGCUGCCGGUGUUUUACGAGGUGGAUCCUUCGGAUGUGAGGCGACAAAAGGGUCCAUUUGAGACGGAUUUUAGAAACCACGACACCGAUGUGGCGGCUGAUAAGGUAAGCCGGUGGAGGGAUGCCAUGAGCAAGGCUGGACGAAUCUCCGGCUGGGAUUCCAGGACUUGGAAUGAAUUAGACCUUAUCCAUUCCCUAGUGAAGAAGAUAAUGGCAAAACUGAACGAUACGCCCUUAGGCGUGGCCAAAUAUCCAGUUGGAAUAAGUUCACGCCUUGAUAUACUGUUGAGAAAGCUAGAUGUCAAAGGCAAUGGUGUCCGAAUUAUUGGAUUUCAUGGCAUGGGAGGGAUUGGCAAAACCACUCUAGCUAAGGCUCUUUUUAAUAAACUUGUCAGUCAUUUUAAGACAAGGAGUUUUAUCUCCAAUGUCAGACAAAUUUCACAGGAUUCUGGUUUGACUUAUCUACAAAGCAAAUUUCUUGGUGAUGUAAACUCAACCGUGCCACCAACAAUACACGACUUCGCCAGAGGAAUCAUUUAUAUCAAGGAAGCUGUUCACGAUAAGCCAGUUCUUCUUGUUCUCGAUGACAUUGAUGAUGCAAACCAGUUAAACGCACUGGCUGGCGGGAGAGAUUGGUUUUAUGAAGGAAGUCGAAUAAUCAUCACAACUCGAACUAAGGAAGUUUUACCCCAAAAUAUUGUUGAUGAAGUUUAUGAAGUAAAUGGGCUAAUUUACCCUGAAGCAUUACAGUUGUUUAGCUAUCAUGCAUUUGGAAGAGAGAAACCUAACAUGGACUUUAUGAAGCUGUCCGAGCAAAUUGUGAAUCUAACAGGAGGACUACCUUUGGCCCUGGAAGUGAUUGGUUCUUCCAUGUUCUAUAAGAGGAGAAAAACGGAAUGGAUUGAUGAACUGGAAAAGCUGAAACAAAUUCGCCCCAAUCAUCUCCAAGAUGUGUUAGAGAUUAGCUUCAAAGGACUGGAUGAUCAAGAGAAGUGUGUAUUUCUGGACCUUGCUUGUUUUUUUGUUAACAGCAACCUGAUUAGAGAAGACGCAAUUGACAUUUUUAAGGGUUGUGGCUUCAAUGCUGAAGUAGCAAUAACAGAUCUUACCGCCAGAUCUUUGGUUAAGAUCAUUGAGGGAAAUGUUUUGUGGAUGCAUGACCAAAUCAGAGACAUGGGAAGGCAAAUUGUUCAACGUGAAAGCUAUGCGGAUGCUGGUAAACGCAGUAGACUCUGGAGUCAAGGUGAAAUAAUGAUGGUAUUGAAGAAUCGUAAGGGAACAAGAAGCAUCGAGGGCAUCACACUUGACUUCGGAAAAAAGCAGAAGUUGAGCAGUGAGAAGGCAGAUAAGGUCAACACAAGAAAAUUCCCAGCCUUAGAAUCAGCAGUUAUAUUCUUAAAGAAGCAGUACAAGAAAUGGUUUGGGCAUACUGCAAAAGAAGAUGGAGACUUGCUUAACACAGAGUCCUUUAAGGGUAUGGUGAAUCUGAGGCUUCUCCAAAUUAAUCAUGCGAAGUUGGAAGGUAACUUCGAGAUACUUCCUGCUGAAUUGAAGUGGCUGCAAUGGAAAGGAUGCCCUUUGGAAAGCCUUCCUUCUGCUCUAUGCUCCAGGGAUGUUGCCAUACUUGAUAUCUCUCAAAGCAGCAUUGUGCAGCUGUGGGGUCACAGUUUUAUGGGUCAUUGGCAGCGGAACAAGAUGACCAAGAAGCUGUUUGUAGUGAAUGCCAGUAAUUGCUAUCAUCUAAAAGAGAUCCCUGAUUUGUCCGGGUUCUGUUUAGAGAAGUUGAUUCUUGAGCAUUGCAAGGGACUAGUCAAGAUCCAUCACUCACUAGGUGAUAUGGGUACAUUGACUUACUUGAACCUCAAAGAGUGUGAAAACCUUUUGGAGCUUCCAAGUGAUAUAUCUGGGCUAAGGAAUCUCGAGAAACUGAUCCUUUCUGGUUGCAUUAAUUUAAGGGAAUUACCAGAGGACUUAAGUGGUUUGAGAUCCUUGAAAGAACUGCUACUUGAUAGAACACCUAUAAUGAAAUUACCGGACACUAUAUUCCGCCUAAAGAAUCUUGAAGUGUUCAAUUUGGCUGGUUGCUAUUGUCUAGAUCUACUGCCUCAUUCCAUAGGAAAUCUCAAUUCUCUGAGGGAGCUUAUUUUGAGUGGCACUGCUCUACAGAAACUGCCAGAUUCUAUUGGGAACUUGAGCAAUCUCGAGUUGCUAAAUUUGAGAAUGUGCAAGUCCCUUUCGUCAAUUUCUAAUUCAAUUGGCAAUCUUACUUCUUUGGUUGAACUUUGCCUUGAUAGAAGUUCAAUCAAGGAAUUACCAGCAUCUAUAGGUUCAAUAUCUCAUCUCAAGUUCCUUAUGCUUGGUCAUUGCCGAUCCCUCAGUAAAUUGCCUGAUUCUAUCGGCAGAUUGUCAUCUUUGGUUAGUCUUCAGUUAGAAGGAACACAACUGAAGGAAAUUCCAGAUCAGGUAGGUGCAUUAAAUAACCUUGAGCAGCUCAAUUUGGGGAGCAUUGAACUGCUGGAUUCUAUACCAGGCUCAAUUGGCGGAAUGUUGAGUCUGAGAGAUGUGGAGUUGGAUAAUCUCUCAAUAGCAGAGUUGCCAGAAUCCAUAGGCUUAUUGGAGAGACUUGACACUUUAAAAUUGAACAACUGCAAGAAUCUUCGAAAACUACCUGCUUCAAUUGGAAACUUGGCAAGUUUGCGGUACCUUUAUAUGGAUAAAAAUGCAGUGACUGAAUUACCUGAUGAAAUUGGAAGGCUAUCACGUUUAAAAGUACUAAGAAUGGCAAAACAACCUGAUUCUGGAGCGCCUAAUAACAAUGGCAGGGAAUCCAAUCAGACAGAUUUGGUUGCCGAGCACCAAAUUCAGCCUGUAGUACUUCCGAAAUCCUUUUCAGGCCUCUCCUCAUUGGAAGAACUGGAUGCCCGAUCCUGGAGAAUAUCAGGAAAGUUGUCUGAUGAUCUUGAGAAGUUAUCUUCACUGCAGACUCUGAAUCUUGGUGAUAAUGAUUUUCGCCUACUUCCCUCCAGCUUGAGGGGACUUUCUGUUCUCAAAAAGUUGCUUCUACCCAAAUGCAAAGAGCUCAAACUUCUCCCCCCGCUUCCUUCAAGCUUGGUUGAGUUAAACGUCGCCAAUUGUUAUGCAUUGGAAUAUCUAGCUGAUAUAUCAAGCUUGGGAAAUCUAGAGGAACUUCAACUUACUAAUUGCAAGAAGAUAACAGAUAUUCCCGGCCUUGAAUGUUUGAAGUCAUUGAGAAGGCUAUACACCGGUGGUUGCAAUUCAUGUUUGCCAGCUAUUAAAAAACGACUUUCCAAGGAUGCUUUAAGGCAUAUAAUCUAUCUGUGUGUUCCCGGCACUGAAAUUCCGAGUUGGUUUGCUCCAGAAUUGCCUCGUUUUUCAAUUCGAAAGAAUCUCAAACUUAAGGCUGUGAUUAUAGGUGUCGUAGUCUCUCUUGAUCAACAAGUUGAGGACAACUUCAGAAAGAAACUUCCAGCCAUCGUUGAUAUACAAGCCAAGAUCAUCAGAUUGAAUGAUGCCAUUUUCACCAAAACGUUGUACUUACUUGGAGUUCCCGACACAGACGAGGAUCAGCUAUACUUGUGUCGAUUUCACGAGUUUCAGCAGCUCGUCUUCAUGUUGGAAGAUGGUGAUAAGAUAGCGGUGACAAUGAGAGAAAACCCGCGGUUUAAUGGCCUUAAGCUUAAAAAGCAUGGAAUUCACUUGGUUUUCGAGGGCGAUGAUGACUACGAUGAGAAUGAUGAGGAACUCUUUGAUGAAUCCCAUCAGUCAGUGUCGAAGAAGCUUGCAAACUUCUUCAGUUCCUUGUGAUGGAUACUCUUUAGCUGUUGACUCUAAAUUUCAGAUUAAACAUUUCAAGUGCGUUUGGAAGUAUGGCACUCAGCUUUACCACUAAUUUUUCAUGGUGGAAUUCUACGUAAUCUAACCCCAUUAUUUUCA